AUGAACAACGACGCACCUCUCAUCUUUGACGUUCCACCGGUGUUCAAGGUAGAGUCUAUUAUUGGACAAGGAUCGUACGGCGUUGUGUGUAAGGCAAUGUAUGGAACAGACCAGAUUGCCAUCAAGAAGAUACCAAACUAUGCGAAGAGUGAGGAAACAGCCCGUCGUGUGCUGCGUGAGAUCGAGAUCCUGCAGAACCUGCAGUUUUGCGAGCAGGUGGUUGGCUGCCGUCUUCUCUUCCGUCCGACGAGCCGCGAAAAGGACGUGUACAUGGUAAUGGACUUCAUCCCCUCUGACCUCUCUGCUGUGGUGAAAAAUAAGUCCAUACCACUCCAGGAGAACGUCGUCCGUUACAUAAUAUGUCAGUUGUUACUCGCCCUACGUGCAAUGCACCGCUGCAAGGUGCUCCACCGCGACCUCUCUUCUCGAAACAUACUCAUUAAUUACAAUUCACAGGUUUUUGUCUGUGACUUUGGAUUGAGUCGCUUCUUUGAUCCGGAUGAACAGCUGUCCUUUGGUGUCGUGACGCAGUGGUACCGGGCUCCAGAGAUCAUUCUCGACGCGGAGUACGACGCCGCAAACGACGUGUGGAGCGUUGGUGUCAUUUUGUGCGAGCUUCUUCUGCGCCGCCACCUCUUUCCUGGUAAGUGCAACGACUCCGCCGACCAGCUUAACCUUAUCUUCCACCUCGUCGGCACUCCUCCAGCGUCGGUGUUUCAGCCGGGGCAACCGUUCGCCCGGGCCUCUGUGAACGCCAGGAACUACGCCCUCUCCGUGAUUGAGCGGCGGCCGUGUGCACCCAUGUUGCGUGUGUUGUUAAGCCACUCACCGCUUCUUCAAGGGAAAGAAACGGAGGGGUCGCCCAUCAUUGACCUUGCAGAGAAGAUGCUCUCCUUCAGUCCACGUGACAGACCAACACCAGAUGAGGCGCUUCUUCACCCCUGGUUUGAGCCUUGCCGUGCUUUCAUCAAUGAAAUGAUCGCAGCGCAGGAUGAACAGCAAACAAUGCCCCAGUUUUCGUCCAUUGGUUCUCUCUCUCUACAAGAUGUGGUCCAGAAGGUUGAAGAGCUGGUACCGGUUUUCUCGGAGCAGCUCCUUCUUGGCGAAGAUGAGGGCUAA